AUGAAAAAUUGGCAUCAAUUUGGCGGUGUCCAAGGAGCCAAUCUGAGAACGUUCGGCGCGAAAAAUGGUCGGCCCGACGCAGCUCUUGCGUCAAUUGGAUCUUGUAGGCGUGUACAUUCAAAUCCUUGUGGAGAAUGCGUAGCAAACUGGUUCUCGAAAUGCCCAAUUCUUGGGAUCGACGUGUUCUUGAUUGUUCCGGAUCGUCUCUCACACUCUCCUUCACAACAGCAAUAUUUUCUGGUGUGCGAACGCUCCUUGGCCGGCCAGAGCCUGGCAGAUUUGCCACAGAACCUGUUGCCUCGAAUUUACGCAGCAGACCACCGAUGGUUGUUUCGUUUGGGCGGUUGUUGCGACCGAAAUGUUCACGAAGCGCGCGAAACGUGUUUUUUAUUUUUGCACCAUUUUUGUAGUGCUCUUGAAUAACUUUAAUGCGGUCUUCAAUCGAAUACGACUCCAUAGCGAUCAAUGAUAAACAUUCAACUAACAAAAUGACAUGUCGGUGACAGAAAACAAAGAUGGCGUCUAUGUCAAAUUGACGUUUACUUUCCUGCGUCCCUAUUUGACAACCCUUAUUUGCAGUAUUUUGAAUCCUUUCCCAAAGUUUAUUGGAGUCGACUAUCUGAAUCUCGUAUACUUUUGUCUUUAAUGCUCCUCAUAUAAGAAAAUAGCAAGAUCCGGGUAACGAGGUGGCCAUUGAGUAGGAGCCUCUCGACCUCCACCAAUCAAUGUAACAAUUUGUCGUCCAGAUCACUUUCAUGGACCUUGGUGACUCAUCCUGGAAAACGCUGGAACGUUUCUCGACGCGUCGAUAGAGCAAUAAGAAGCUGA